AUGACUCUCCACGAUCCAUUACUUGACCAAGAACACUCAAAAUAUGCAGAGGGAGGUGUAGGAGGAAGGGAGAAUGCAAGAAUGAGGUGCCAUGAACCAUUUGGGGCGCCUAAAUUUAUAGGCAAGAGAAACAGGGGCGGACGGCCAUUUGCUCUAGGUGGACGGCCAUCUGCCCUCAACGGCUACCCAUGGACGGCCGUCUGGCAAGGGAGGAAGGCUGUCUACCCCCAACGGGAACCCCUGGACGGUCGUCUGGCGAGGGUGGACGACCGUCUGCCCCCUAACGGCUCCUUCUGGACAGCCAUCUGCCUUAAACAGACGACCGUCUGCUCCUUUUUUGU